AUGAAUUCCUGGCCUUUUUACUCAUCCCAUUUCGCCUUCUUUGUUCUCAUCAGCAUUCCUUUUUCCUCAAGCUUCGAUUCGUACACAACUUGUAGCAAUACGUUUAACUGUGGAGGCAUCACAAAAGUGGGAUUUCCCUUUUGGGGAGAUGGAAGGCCGGACAAUUGUGGCUAUCCGGAACUGAAGCUCGCAUGCUCGAAUGAUGUUACCACCAUUGAGAUUAUGGGGGUCAAAUACAGAUUGUUGAUGAUUAACCAAGAUGAACAGACACUCAAAGUUGUGAGAGAUGACUACUAUGACAAAAUUUGUUCACCAAAGUUUGGGGACACCAAACUCGAUUCCAAUCUUUUCGACUAUGUUUUCGGUUCUUCGGAUGUCACGUUACUCUAUGAUUGUGCUUCUAGCUCACCAGCUGGAGCUUUCAAGUGCCCCGACAACGAAACUUACGCGAAUGUGGCUGCAGUACCUGCAGUUGUCCCGGGCACUCCGAUUUGUAAGUCAAAGGUGGUUGUUCGGAUUAGUGAUCCUGCAGGUUUCGGAAUAUUCAGUAUACUGAACGUGACGGCACUUGAAGCUGCAGUGAGAGAAGGGUUUGAGGUGAAGUAUAAGGUGGAUAGUGGAAAAUGUGACGAGUGUGUUGAUUCAAGGGGUGUUUGUGGUUGGAAUUUGAAUGAGACUGUUUGUCACUGCCCAAAUCAAAUUUCCGAGUCCCGGACUUGUUCCGCCGCCACAACAGCGGCCAUAAACAAUCCAGCAGCAGUGCCACUGCCACCUGCUAAAGGUAUGAACUAA